AUGGACCAUCAUCAGUACCAUCAUCAUGAUCAUGAUCAUGACCAAUACCAACAUCAAAUGACUAUUACUAACAAUAAUCCAUAUAACACCAUCAACACAGCACCACCACCAGGAACAACAGCUACAACAACAAUCGAUUCAACAACAAUGAUAAUGGAUGAUGAGAGGAAGAUGGUGACGACGAUGACCACACGGCCACAAGAUUCAAGAAACUGUCCAAGAUGCAACUCAAGCAACACCAAGUUUUGUUAUUAUAACAACUACAGCUUAGCACAGCCUAGGUACUUGUGUAAGUCUUGUCGGAGAUAUUGGACUGACGGUGGCUCUCUCCGUAACGUCCCCGUUGGCGGAGGUUCUAGAAAGAACAAGAAGUCUUCGUUAAUACUUCCUAAUUCCUCUACUUCAUCUUCCACCAAGAAUAUCCCAGAUCUAAACCCUCCUUUUGUCUUCACAUCAUCAUCAUCAAACCCUAGUAAUGACCUCAGCCUCUCCUUCUCCGCACCUAAUAUGCAAGACAAGCGAGCUCAAGGGCAUUACAGUCAUUUUACAACGGGAGGGCAAGCUACAACGGGAGGGCAGAACGGUCUUUUCGCAGCUCCUAUGGGAAUGAUUCAGUUUCGUCAAGGGUAUGAUCAUCACCACAACGACAAAACAAAUCUUGGGAUUUCAUUAGAUAGGAAUGAUGAAGAGAAGACUGGUAAUCAUGAUAACUUGGUUGUUAAUGGAGAAGGAAGUAAGUUGAUGUUUCCUUAUGGAGAUCAUGAUGGACAUAAUCAUCACCAUGAGAGACACGAUGAUGGUAACAAGAAGAGAGAAAGUGGUUCAAGCAAUGAGCUAUGGAGUGGAAUCAUCCUAGGUGGUGAUAGUGGUGGACCAACAUGGUGA